GGGACAAGCAGCUGAGCGAGACCAAACUUUGCGUCCAAAUACGCGCAUCUGUACAUUGCAAGCACUGUGACAGCAGAAGUAGCUUUCAAACGCUAGCAAUUGAACGACUCCCAAGCGGCGCUUAGAACUGCAACGCUGCAAGGAUAAUCAGGCAGUGCAAUCUACAGCAUAGCCAAUACGCACGCCGCCGCAAGCACUCGAAAAAGCAAUCAGCAAGCAACGACAUGGCCGCCGCCGCCCCGCCGCGACGACGCCUAGGACCGCCGAGCCUCCGCCGCGCGGCGUCCAACGGCCCAUUGGGAGACGCCGCCGCCGACCGCGCGUUACCCGUCGCAAUAGAUGGCGACCCUUCCAAGGAAACGGCGCUAGAUAGCGACCACUGGACCUUCUGGGGGCGCGGGCAGCGACCGCCGGAACGCGGUUCGAAAAAUGCCUGGGCGUCCGAGCCGCUGCACAAAAUCCGCACCGCGGAGGCCUUUUUCAGAUUACAUGGUGCCUUGGAAAAACCUUCGACGCUGGGCAACGGCGCGACCUACCAGCUCUUCCGGAACGACGUCGAGCCGACGUGGGAGGACCCCUCAAACGCGAACGGCGGAGAAUGGUCCAUACCGUUGGAACGAAGUGCCGACUUGGACGACCAGUGGAAGCGGUUGUGUUUAGCUGCUAUCGGUGGUCAAUUGACGCCGUCCGCGGAGGACGCGGAUCUGGACGAGGUGUGCGGCUGUUCUCUGUCCCUCAAGAAGGGCGGGAGUCUGCGACUAGGCGUGUGGACGAAGCACAGAACGGAUGAAGUGAGCCAACGGGCCGUCGCCGAGAACAUUCGCAGAGUACUUUCGCUCCAGAAGGAAGUGGCCUUAACGUACGCGCCGCACGACUCGAAGGGCGACGCGCUCUACACGUCCUAGGUAGGUACUAGUAGCGUGAACGAACGUACUAAGAACGGGAGGCCCCUACACCUCAGAACAGGUCCCCCUUCGCCAGCUUGUUGGCCAGGAUGAUCCCCUUGACCUUGCCCUUGAACUUGCGCCUCGCGUUGAACUUCUUCAUCGUGUCCAGCGUCUUCGCGAGGUUUCUGGAAAUGAGCUCGUGGUCGCCGACCAUGAACCAGGGGUGUCUCAGGGCCUGGGAGGCCGUCAGCCGCUUGUCGGGGUCGACGACGAGCAUCUUUUUGA